AUGAGUCGAGCCUUGCUGGAUUUGGGAGCAAGUGUUAGCAUCUUACCGGGAAGUUUAUACGAUCAAUACGACUUUGGACCAUUGAAGCAAGCCGACACCACCGUGGUGUUGGCCGACUUGACGUUAAAACUACCCCGGGGGAUCUUACGUGAUGUCAUUGUCAAAGUUGACGAGUUUUAUUACCCGGUUGACUUUUUGGUUUUAGACUACGUGCAAAUUGAAAAUACUAAACAACCUAAUGUCAUACUUGGUAGACCAUUUUUAGCAACCGCUAAUGCACUAAUCGAUUGUAGAAAUGGUACGGUUGACAUCACGUUUGGAAAUCGUAAGGUCCGAUUAAAUGCUUUUGCCCGUGCAUCUGAUUCUCUAGUCAAUGAUGAAUGUUUCAUGGCGGACAUUAUUGACGGGUGUUAUCCUCACGAAAGUGGGGAAUGCACUAUAGAGACGUGUUUUGUUUGUGACAGGGAUUUGGCGGAAAUAGAGGUGGAAUUGGAAUAUGCGGAAGAAGAGUUGGAGGUGAUGGCUGCUAAGGAAUUGAAGCCGACUUGGACGCAUCAAGUCGAGAAUUUACCGGAUCAUAUUGACACUCAAUUGAAGCCAUCACUUGAGUCACCUCCACAAGUCGAGUUGAAGACAUUGCCAAAGCAUUUGAAGUAUGCUUUUGUGGGCGACAACAACACCCUACCGGUAAUUAUUGCUUCCAAUUUGUCACUUGAACAGGAAAAAGCUUUGAUGGAAGUGUUGAUAGCCAACCGGGCUGCAAUUGGGUGGACAAUCGCUGAUCUCAAGGGGAUUAGUCCAUCCAUUGUUAUGCACAAGAUCAUCACGGCAAGGGAGCAAAACCGGCUCGAGAUGCUCAACGAAGACUGA